AAAAAAAAUCUGGUUUAUCCAAAUGGGGAACGGGUGCCAGUUUGUACCCUAGGCGGCUGCCGGCGGCCGGCGACGCAGUCGAGCUCGCCCAGUUACCGCUCACAUUCUCCGCCGGCUGGGCAAGCUCCUCGUCCUACUCCGGCACACCGCCUCGCUCGCGUCUCAUCGGGGCUCCCGCGGAAACUAUCUGCUCUGGCGAGGGACUCCGGCGGAAGCAGUCUGCCAUGCUGAAUUUUGUAAAACACCUGAGGCUUGGAUUCUCUGUUCGAUUCCCUCUGCUGGAUCCUCCAUUGAGCAUUAUUGGGCAAAUCAACAGCUGCAUCGACUGGUCGUUUCGCGGCCGACAUCGUGAUACAGGCAACAACAUGAAGAGUUGGACCAUGGACAUCCUUCUUAUGGACUUCAGUUUCUGGGCAUGCAUAUUCGGUGUAAAUUUAAAUAGUAACAAUAUGCUUCUGUACAUGAGGGUCAUGAUUCGUGAUGAUCAGUCAUUUCAUCAUGUUCUGCCCCCAGUAUUUGCUCUGGUGAUUGUGAAGUGGAUUGCUGUACUUUGCAGGUUCGUGCUAGCACCCCUAGCGGUAUUGAUCUUCCUUGCCCACAAGUACUGGAAGACAAGGAUCACAAUUGAUGCGGUUGAAAAGUUCCUCCAGAUGCAACAAAUGAUUGGGCCAACAAGGUACGCUUACACAGACAUUGUUGCAGUGACAAGCCACUUCAGAGACAAGCUAGGCCAAGGUGGUUAUGGCUCUGUCUUCAAGGGCGUGCUACUCCCAGGCAAUGUCAAUAUCGCUGUCAAGAUGCUUGAGGGCAGCUCCAACUGCAACGGAGAAGACUUCAUCAGUGAGGUCUCCACCAUCGGCAGGAUCCACCAUGUCAAUGUGGUCUGUCUCGUCGGGUUCUGCUCAGAGGAAAUGAGAAGGGCUCUUGUUUACGAAUACAUGCCUGGAGGUUCUCUUGACAAGUACAUCUUUUCAGCCGAUAAGAGUAUUUCUUGGGACAAACUGAAUGAGAUUGCUUUGGGGAUUGCCCGAGGGAUCAACUAUCUGCAUCAGGGGUGUGAGAUGCAGAUUCUGCACUUCGACAUCAAGCCACACAACAUCCUUCUUGACAGCAAUUUUGUCCCAAAAGUUGCUGAUUUUGGACUUGCCAAACUUUACCCAAGGAACAACAGUUUUGUGCCAUCUAAUGCCUUACGUGGGACUGUUGGGUACAUAGCUCCGGAGAUGAUAUCCCGGAGCUUCGGUGCCAUAUCAAGCAAGUCAGAUGUUUACAGCUUUGGGAUGUUGUUGCUGGAGAUGGCUGGAGGAAGAAGGAAUGCUGAUCCAAAUGCGGCGAACUCAAGCCAGUCUUACUACCCAUCAUGGGUGUAUGACAAACUAUCUGCUCCAGUGGUGGAUGCGAUAUCUCCAGUUGCUGGUAUGCAUGAGUUGGAGAGGAAGCUGUGCAUCGUUGGAUUAUGGUGCAUUCAGAUGAAGUCACAUGACAGGCCAACGAUGAGCGAGGUCAUAGACAUGUUGGAAGGUGGCUUUGAUGGCCUGCAGAUGCCUUCCAGGCCAUUCUUCUGCGAUGACGUGCACACUGUUGUUCCAGAUUCGUACCCUUUGUUAUCCGAGCUGACUGAGAUCUUGGAGGAGGAUGAGUAGUAUAUAUGUGUGUGUGUGAUUUAAUGUCUCAAGUCUUACGAAAUAACCUACUAUUAUGUUUUCCCAGUCAUGUGAAGUUUUAUGUGGAAAGAUGUAAUAAUAUUUAGCAGUUAGAGGAUGUUGAUCUCCAACUGUUAAUUGAAACGUAAUUAUCUUCGUGAAACACA